AUGUAUACAUACAAUAAUCCCAAUUAUUUAUACAGAUACAGCUUCUUCUGCAAUCGGUAUAGAGCUUUACAUGUAAAGCCCCGUCGUUUAGUUCACAACUCCGCGUCCUUUAGGUUACAACCUAGGGUUUCCAAGUUUCUUGUUUGGGGAGGAUUUUUGUCGAAUUGUCAUAACCGAUACUUUGAUUACACGAAAAUUUAUGCUAAUAGUUCCUGUGAACACGAUACUGAUUCAACAGACAAGGCUGAAUCCAAGGGGCAAGAAAACCAGAAAUCUAAGGGUUCGAGAACGGGUUCUGGCCGGAAGGAGAAGCAGGGAAAGAAUAAUUGGGGGUGGUUAAAGUGGAAUAAACAAUGGCGAUGGGAGCCUAUAAUUCAAGCGCAAGAAAUUGGUGUUUUGCUUAUACAGUUAGCGAUAGUGAUGUUUGUGAUGAGGUUGCUCCGGCCUGGGAUUCCAUUGCCUGGUUCCGAGCCUCGGACUUCUACAACGAUUGUAAGCGUUCCAUACAGUGAGUUUCUGAACAAGAUAAAUAAUAACCAGGUGCAGAAGGUGGAGGUUGAUGGGGUCCACAUAAUGUUUAAGUUGAAGAAGGAUGCCAUCAAUACUGGAAGUGUGGAGAGUGUUGGUGACUUGAAUAGUAAGUUACAGGACUCAGAUUCUUUGUUAAGGAGUGUGAACCCAACAAAGAGGAUUGUGUACAAAACAACAAGGCCUAGCGAUAUCAAGACACCGUAUGAGAAGAUGGUUGAGAAUGAUGUAGAGUUUGGUUCCCCUGAUAAGAGGUCUGGAGGGUUCUUGAAUUCUGCAUUGAUAGCUUUAUUCUAUGUUGCAGUGCUUGCAGGUCUUCUUCAUCGGUUUCCUGUAAGCUUUUCUCAGAAUUCACCGGGGCAACUUAGAAAUCGCAAGACUGGGGGUUCUGGUGGAGCUAAAGUGUCUGAACAAGGGGAAACUGUUACUUUUGCUGAUGUUGCUGGUGUUGAUGAGGCCAAGGAGGAGCUAGAAGAAAUUGUGGAAUUUCUUAAAAAUCCAGACAGGUAUACUAGACUUGGUGCACGCCCUCCUCGAGGUGUUCUUUUGGUGGGUCUCCCUGGGACAGGUAAGACACUUUUAGCAAAGGCUGUUGCUGGGGAAGCUGAAGUUCCCUUCAUCAGCUGUUCAGCAAGUGAGUUCGUUGAGUUGUAUGUUGGUAUGGGAGCAUCUCGUGUCAGAGACCUUUUUUCUCGAGCAAAGAAGGAAGCCCCAUCCAUAAUAUUCAUAGAUGAGAUAGAUGCUGUAGCUAAGAGCCGUGAUGGAAAAUUUCGCAUUGUCAGCAAUGAUGAGCGGGAACAAACCUUAAAUCAGUUGCUGACUGAGAUGGAUGGGUUUGACAGCAACUCAGCUGUAAUUGUCCUUGGAGCUACUAACAGGGAAGACGUUUUAGACCCAGCCCUACGCCGACCUGGAAGAUUUGACCGAGUGGUUGCGGUGGAAACACCUGACCGGACUGGAAGGGAAGCCAUUUUGAAAGUACACGUUUCCAAGAAAGAACUUCCUCUUGGGAAGGAUGUUGAUCUGGGCGAUGUCGCUUCUAUGACAACCGGUUUCACUGGGGCAGAUCUGGCCAAUUUGGUGAAUGAAGCUGCAUUGUUGGCUGGAAGGCAAAGUAAACUUCUUGUGGAGAAAAUUGACUUUAUCCAAGCAGUAGAGCGAUCAAUAGCGGGGAUUGAAAAGAAGACGACCAAGUUACCGGGUAGUGAGAAAGCUGUUGUUGCUCGGCAUGAAGCUGGUCAUGCGGUAGUGGGAACUGCUGUUGCCAAUCUUCUUUCUGGUCAACCACGUGUUGAGGUCAAUGUGAAGGGUUUUCUUCAUCACUCUUCUCUAGCUCCAGCUUAUAGGCUUACCUUAACGAAGUAUGAAUCUGCAUAUAUGGUGCGAUACAAUGCUCAGUCAUAUUCCUUUUCUCCUUUCAGAAGCUUAGCAUAUUACCAAGAUCUAGAGGGGCCCUGGGAUUUACUUACAGUCCCCCAACCAAUGAAGAUAGGUGCACUUGAUGAUAUACGGCGAGCAACAGACAUAGCCUACAAGGCAGUGGCUGAAUAUGGCCUUAAUGAAACCAUAGGCCCCAUUUCAUUAGCUACUCUUUCUGGUGGUGGAUUGGAUGAAUCUGGGGGAUCUACACUUUGGAGAAGGGAUAAUGGGCACCUUGUCGAUCUUGUUCAGAUGGAGGUUAAAGCCUUGCUGCAAUCAGCUCUUGAUGUAGCGGUCUCCGUUGUUUGUGCCAAUCACAAUGUUCUGGAGGGUCUUGGGGCACAUUUGGAAGAAAAAGAGAAAGUAGAAGGUGAAGAACUGCAAGAAUGGUUGAAAUUGGUGGUUGCUCCAUCACAGCUUACCUUCUUCAUUAGAGGAAAGCAAGGUUCUCUUCUCCCAUUGCCAACAGAAAGCUUGUAUCUUCCAUUCAUUCAUCCUGGUUCCGACCGAGUGAUAAUAGAUAAGAUCGAACUUGAGAUAUGGCUGCUUUCAUUUUUGCCUGGGAUUGAUGUGACUGCGCAUAUUGCUAGCGUACGGAGAAGGGGCAUAUGGUCCACUUCUUUUGCAGGCCCCAAAGCUACAUUAACCUUUGAUCCCCCUACUACCAAUAUGGAAAAGCCCAAGCAACGGAAGCAUACAGUUGAUCCUAAUGCUCCAGAUUUUCUUCCACUUCCAUCCUUUGAGGAAUGCUUCCCAAGAAGCUCUAAAGAAUACACGGAAGUCAUUCAUGAGCAAUCUGGUCAUUUGCUCAAAGUUCCAUUUCGACGCAUACACCUAGCAGGAGAUGAACCACAUUUUGAUACCUAUGACACAAGUGGUCCGCAGAACAUAAGCCCGCGCACUGGACUCCCCAAGUUGCGGAAGGAGUGGAUUGACAGGAGGGAGAAGUUGGGUGGUCUGAGGUAUACGCAGAUGUUCUAUGCUAAGCAGGGAACUAUAACUGAAGAGAUGGCAUACUGUGCUGCUCGGGAGAAACUUGACCCAGAAUUUGUGAGAUCAGAAGUUGCUCGUGGUCGUGCAAUUAUUCCAUCUAACAAGAAGCAUACAGAGUUGGAGCCAAUGAUAGUUGGACGCAACUUCUUGGUGAAAGUGAAUGCUAAUAUUGGGAAUUCUGCCGUUGUGAGCUCCAUUGAGGAAGAAGUUCACAAGCUUCAAUGGGCAACAAUGUGGGGUGCUGAUACCAUUAUGGAUCUCUCAACAGGCCGUCACAUCCAUGAAACCCGCGAAUGGAUCCUUCGUAACUCUGGUGUACCUGUUGGGACUGUGCCCAUUUAUCAAGCAUUGGAGAAAGUGAAUGGCAUUGCAGAGAAUUUGAAUUGGGAAGUUUUUAGGGAAACAUUGAUUGAACAGGCUGAGCAAGGUGUGGAUUAUUUUACAAUCCAUGCUGGAGUCCUGCUCCGGUACAUCCCAUUAACAGCCAAACGAAUGACUGGAAUAGUUUCUCGUGGGGGAUCUAUUCAUGCCAAGUGGUGCUUAGCUUAUCACAAAGAGAACUUUGCUUAUGAACAUUGGGAUGAGAUACUGGAUAUCUGUAAUCAAUAUGACGUAUCUUUGUCAAUUGGUGAUGGAUUGAGGCCUGGGUCAAUAUAUGAUGCAAAUGAUACUGCUCAGUUUGCAGAGCUCUUAACUCAAGGAGAACUUACUCGUAGAGCUUGGGAAAAGGAUGUACAGGUCAUGAAUGAAGGGCCUGGCCAUAUCCCAAUGCACAAGAUUCCUGAGAAUAUGCAAAAACAGCUGGAAUGGUGUAAUGAAGCACCAUUCUACACUCUUGGACCUUUGACAACUGAUAUUGCUCCUGGAUAUGAUCAUAUCACAUCUGCCAUUGGUGCCGCCAAUAUUGGGGCUCUUGGCACAGCACUUCUUUGUUAUGUGACUCCCAAAGAACAUCUUGGUUUGCCUAAUCGAGACGAUGUGAAGGCUGGGGUUAUAGCAUAUAAGAUAGCCGCACAUGCUGCUGAUUUGGCAAAAUGUCACCCACAUGCUCAAGCUUGGGAUGAUGCACUGAGCAAGGCUAGAUUUGAGUUCCGAUGGAUGGAUCAAUUUGCUUUGUCACUGGAUCCUGUGACUGCCCUGUCUUUCCAUGAUGAAACCUUACCAUCUGAUGGUGCAAAGGUGGCACAUUUCUGUUCUAUGUGUGGGCCUAAGUUUUGUUCCAUGAAGAUAACGGAGGAUGUAAGAAAGUACGCAGAGGAGCAUGGUUAUGGGAGUGCAGAGGAAGCGGUCCAGCAGGGUAUGGAUUCUAUGAGUGCUGAGUUCCUAGCUGCGAAGAAAACUAUCAGUGGGGAGCAACAUGGUGAGGUUGGAGGAGAGAUCUACCUGCCUGAGGAUUACAUAAACCAUGAUGCAUGGUUGGCCAGUCUCGAGAAUGAUCUGAAAUCUCAUCUUCAAGCAGUAGGGGUGUCUGCAUCUGCUUCAUUGCUGGCUGUUCAGCCGUGA